AUGAUUAAAACAGAAUCCAUCGAAUGGUGUCGGCAUAGUUCAAUGAACGUUUCGCAUGGCGAUUUCGUUGGACACUUGAAGAACGCAGGAAAACUUUGGUAUGUCGUUAACCCUUACAACUCGAUCUUCGAAUUUACGCAUGACGUUCCGGAUUACCAUCAGCAGGUAUGGUUCCCGUUCUUCAUUCUUAUCAUACUGGAGCAAGUUAUAUUGACCUCGAAGAAAAAGAAAUUUCGUUUAAACGAUCAAAUGACGUCGCUGUCUCAUUGGUUGUUUCAAGAGACUGGCCGCGUCUUCUUCCGCAGCGCUGAAUAUUAUCUGUACAUCGUAAUUCACGAGAAAUAUCACUGGUGGAAUUUGCCAUGGAACUCGGUGUGGACCUGGUGUUUAACCGCCGUCGGAGUGGAUUUUUGUUACUAUUGGGUUCACCGCAGUAACCACGAGGUGCACUUUUUAUGGGCUCACCAUCAAGUACAUCACAGCAGCGAGGAGUUCACACUCGCGGUUGGUCUUCGGCAGUCCGUUUUGCAACACUGGUGUAAUUUCAUGUUUUAUUUGCCCCUUGCGUUAAUUCUACCACCGUCGCAUUUCAUCGUUCACAACCAAUUUAAUUUAAUCUACCAACUGUGGAUCCAUACAACCGUCAUCGACGACCUCGGCCCGCUAGAAUUAAUAUUUAAUACGCCGAAACAUCAUCGUGUGCAUCAUGGCUGUAAUUUGUAUUGCUUGGACAAAAAUUACGGCGGCGUUCUCAUUAUAUGGGAUAAGUUGUUUGGUACGUUCAUGAAGGAAAAGAAAAAAGACGAAAUAAUUUAUGGCUUGGUUGUCAGUCCUCGAUCGUUUAAUCCCCUGUAUUUACAGGUAUUUUAUACGAUACAAUUGAUAACGAAAAGUGUACGCAUACCGUCCUUAGGAAAUAAAUUGGCUGUCGUUUGGAAAGGGCCCAGUUGGUUUCCAGGCAGUCCUCGUUUAGGUCUUGACGAAUAUAAAAUAAAUGUAACAUCUAGGAUUAAAUAUGACCCCGUCGUACCCACGUGGCAAAAUCUUUACAUAAUUGUACAUUUUUGCUUAGUUUUUUACAAUCAUCUUCACAUACACGAAACGGAGAAUCUAAAAACCGUAUCUACUGGAUUUACGAUUAUUAACGAUUUGUUUGCUCUUACUACGAUCGGAUUACUAUUUGAUAAAUCAAAGUAUGCUGGGACCAUAGAACUUAUCCGAUGCCUUACUUAUUUAUAUUUCUCAACGGUGUAUAAGUCAAUAAAUGUAUGCAUAUAUUAUGUAUACGUUGUAUCUUGUUGCAUUUGGAUAGCAUAUUUUCUUUGUGAAAUGAAAUCAAAGAUGACCACCGUAAGAACGAGAUAG